GUGCGUCAUCUUAUUUGACAGGUCUUGUUCAUCGUCCAACCCCGAUGGCUGGCGACUGGAUGGUGAAUUGCUUUGGGCCUGGUCUCGGAGGUCAUACCUGUUCUUAUGAUCGCUCUUACAUUACGUAGCUGCGUCAACGCGGUUAGCUGGGCGCAGGAUGGAGAGCUGUUAAUUACCAGUGGGGACGAUACCAAGAUUCGAGUCUGGCGAAUGGACCCGUCAGGUUCUACUGGCGCGGACGCAUCUGGUAGCUCCGGUCUAGACCACUCGUCGAGUGUGACCGCAAACUCGGCUGAGAAAUCGUCCAAUGCUGCAAGUCAGGAAGAGUAUCCAUUCGCGUGCCAGAGUGUAAUCAACACGGGUCAUACGCAGAAUGUCUUCAACGUGCAGAUGCUUCCGUUUUCCACAAGGAUUGCGACCGUCUCUGGAGACCAGCAAGUCCGUGUGUUCGACGUGGGCGAAGCGGUGGGACACUCGCCUACGGGAAGCGAAAUGGAGUAUACCACGCGGGAGUCGUGUAUUCGCGUACUGCGCUGCCACGCUGGGCGCACGAAACGCAUCAUCACUGAGGAUAGCCCUGAUCUGUUCCUUACCGUGGCCGAGGAUGGCCAAGUACGUCAACACGAUUUGCGUACAUCACAUUCAUGUACAUCAGGCGCGUGCCCCGCACCGCUGGUGACUCUUCCACACGAGCUUUCAACAAUUGCACUUUCACCGCUUACACCGUAUCAGUUCGUUGUAGGUGGUGAAUCGCCAUAUGCGCACUUGUUCGACCGCAGGCAUGCGGGUCGUUACUUGCAUGCAGAGUGGGGCGUACCUCCUGAUGCAGACAGUGCAACAACGUGCGUCAGGAGGUUUGGACGCCGCUCACGUGCAAAGGGAGAAAGAAAGGGAUAUGAACAAAUUACUGGUGCGCGGAUGUCCGCUUGGAAUGGGCAUGAGGUGUUGUUAUCAUAUCACUCGGACGGAGUGUUUCUUUAUUCGACGCGAGACGAGCCUGAAAUUUUCGAGGACAAGCGAGGUCCACGCUCGAUCCUCACGCCUAACGCGAAGCGGAGACAGCUCAGCACGACGAAGUCGCCGUCUUCACACAGUGAACCUUUAACUGGUCCGGACGUGGAGAUGAUUUUCGAGGAUCAACUGGAAUCAAUGCUUGCAGACAAUGUAAUGAACGACAUUGAUGAUCCAUCGCAAGAAGAUGACGAAGAUGGCGACGACGAGGACGAUGACGAGGACGAGGACGAUGACGAUGACGAUGACGAUGACGAUGACGAUGACGAUGACGAUGACGAUGACGAUGACGAUGAGGGUGACCGCCUGUUCAUCCUCCAAGACACAGAUUCACAUCAGGCUGUGCCUGUGGUAUAUCCGCGUACGCGGUUUACUGGGCACUGCAAUAUCGAAACAAUCAAAGACGUGAACUUUUUAGGGCCUCAUGACGAAUUCGUAACUUCAGGGUCAGAUGAUGGCAACUUCUUCAUCUGGCGGAAGUCGACUGGGGAGCUUGUUGAUAUUCUCGAAGGCGACCAACAAGUAGUCAAUGUGAUUGAAAGCCACCCGCACUUGCCUCUGGUUGCUGUCAGUGGGAUCGAUACGACAGUCAAGUUAUUUGCCCCAGCUCGUGGAGUGCCAUCAUUCUCGAGAUGGAACGAUGCUGAAACGAUUAAAAAGACCAAUGCGCGUCGUACACUAAGGACGGAUUUGAGUGGCGGUGCGGAGCUGCAAUUCGCACGUCUCCUCCUGAACUAUGAACAGGCACUACAGAGCAUCCGAGAUGGUGGAGGGGAGCAGUCGGAGGCGCAGCUCACGCAGUGCAUAAAUCAAUGAAAGAUUUAUCUGUUGUAUGAGUAGUAUAUAUACAGUACUUACGAAUAAUUUUGGUUUCGGAGGUGGUGGACAUAUCACACACAUGAGGCCAAAGUCGUGGCUCAUUGACAAUUUGAAGUUAAGUUCUGCAACAUACAA